CCCCACGUGGGGUGGAAGUGCCCUGAGUGCACACUGGGCUGAGCCUGUGAGUCCCGGCAGUUCCCACACUGUCCCGGCCUGAGAGACACGAAUCCCGGGGCUGGCACAGCUCUCUAUCCCUGGCACAGCUGCCCCCCCGCCCAGGGACUGCCUUAUAAGCACAGCGGCUCGGAUGUGGCGCACAGCCCGGUCUCACGAUGCUCAGCCCAGAGGAACUGCUUGCCGCCAGGAGCCGUGAGAAGAGCAUCCCUCAGCGCUCCCAUGGGCAAAAGGACUUUCUGCCCGACGGCUCCGAGGCUCAGAACGAGAAGCUGCGGCUGUGCCGCGCCGAGCAAUGGGAGCUGCUAAAAGAGGAGCGUGUGGAGCGAUUGGGCAGUCUGGUGAAAGGCAUAUGGAGACCAAAGGAAGAUUUGGUGGAACUGACAUCCCCUGCGGGCAAGUUCUGGCAGACAAUGGGUUUUACACACCAGGGGAAGCAAUGCCUUUUGCCGGAAGAAGCAGUGUACCUGUUGGAAUGUGGUGCUGUCCAGCUAUUUUACCACGAUUCACUAUUAUCUGUCCAGGAGGCUUACGAGAGAUUGCUUGGCGACCAAAGAUUCCCAGUCUUGCACUAUCAGGUUUAUAGUCAUUUAAAGAGGUUGGGGUACAUCGUGACCCGGUUUGACCCCAGUUCUGUUCAGUCUCCCUAUCAGAGGCAGCUAAAUUUGGAGAACUCUAUUAGACCUCAUCGGAAGCGCAAGAGGAGCACCAGCCCAGGAUUGGAAAACAAAAUGAAGCCAGACACGGCCAGAGGGACGGAGGAAGAGGAAACCCAGGUUACUGCAGUUCCAAGUGAUCAUUCAUCCGCAGAUAAGUCAGUUGUGUGCUCUUCAGCACUUGCUGCAAGUGAGCAGGAUACGAGUGGACUAACCAGUAGCCAGUUACCAAGUGGAGCCCACCAUGACAAGCCAGAGACCCAACAGGUACUUGUCCUGUCCCCACCUCAGGAUUCCCAAGCCAACGGCGCUUGUUCCGACAGUAGGAAUUCCAAAGCUUCCGAGGCGUCGCCAAGCUCGGCAAAGCCGGAACCCAGGACCUUCCGCUGGGAUUUUUCUAAAAUCUGUCUUCCCAACUGUGGCUCUGACCGCCCCUGUGUGCAUUUACCUGCCCCAGAACCCUCGCUGCUUCCUGGGAAUGUAGCCGGCAGAGAGGCGGACAUAUCAGGGUGGAUGCACAAGCUGAAUAUGCGGCCGGAAAGGCUAUCCAGGAGGGAGCGGGAGCAGCUGGAGUGGGAGCGCAAGUACAAGAGCAGCAUCAAUUCCGACCCCAAGGUGCAAAAAUGUUCCAACUGGAAGGAGUACAAGGAGCUCCAGCUGGAAAGGGGCCGUUCCCACAAACACAGGAGGCCUGCCCAUCUCUGGGCGAGUACAGUCACUCCUCUGCUAAAGCCAGGGCCCAGCCACACUACAGCCUCUGUCCUGGACCAGAUCAGUGUGAUGGAACGGUCAUUCCUAUUGGAUGAUUAUGAGAGCUGGGCACAGAGCUAUAGGAAAGCCGAGUCGCAGAUUAGCUUUAAUGUGUAUCAGGCCGACGGAGCCUCCGAGUUCAAGAAAUCCAGACCAGGGAAGCCAUAUACACGGAUGUGUGUGCGCAGUUUUUCUGAUCAGGUGCCCUCCCUUGGGACGGUGAAGUCGCUGGGCUACCAGAGCAAGGACGUCCCGCUCAUAUUUGCCCUCGUAGACAAUGGAGAAGUUGCCUUUUACUCUUUCAAGGACUUUGAGCUCCCGGUGGACGUGUACCCCUGAGGGUGGCGUCGGGGUGGGGGGGAACGUCUGUAUAUAAAGCUGCUCCCUGAAGUCUCUGGGGCGAUGCCUUGUACAAGAUGUGCUGCACAGUCCGACUGCUCAAGCAAUAACAAUAAUAACGGGACAAUUUUGGUUUUGAAGAGAAUGUAAAUGCAUUUAUUUUAUGAAAUACUGGGAGAAAGGAAGCAAAUGUGUCUUAUAAAUAAAAUAGGGCUAAAGUGUCCUACAAUUCCCUACA